UUUGAUAUUCCGUAGACUUAACAAAAAAAAUGUUUUCAUGUAGUUGACACAUAAAACAGUUCCCUUAGCUAAUUCGUACAUGCAGAAUGGGUGAUGCAUACCAGGUGAUGCGCGAUACAGCUGACAAGCUCGUUAAAUAUUUACAAUCCAUAAACAUUGCUGAAAUACGCCAAUCCAUGGAAUUCAUUGGCGCACAUCAGGUUGAGGUUGUCGUAGGCGUAUUGGUCUUCCUGGCACUGCAGUUCACCAAAUUCACCGCUGUACUAUUGCUUGCCUGCCUUAUAGCAUUUACAAUCUUCUAUAUGUGGGACACACUCUUUCCUGAUCUGACAGAUGACUACUAUCAAAAACGAUUCAUCAAUGGGCCCGAUACUUAUGGCGCUGGCUAUGGUCCUCGCUAUGCCAACGAUCGGGCCGUUGGCACUAGCACGCCCUAUCUAAAUUUCCAGGCUGCCGCUCAAGACGCUCGCACGUCCGCCUUAUUCCCACCAUUCAACGCUACCGAUGAAGAUCAGUUGCACGGCGAUCCCUCAGGCUAUCAGGAUGAGAAAAUGGAGUUUCUUAGGGAUCGUGGGGCAGCUGCACCUCCUAGCCGAGAUCGUAUGCGUCCGCAGAGAAGAUCUUACCUAUCGGGUCAUAUGACCCCUGUUGGCCACAGAGGCUCAGUCAGUGAUCUACGAUCCCAUCGACGACCAUACAAUCAAAUCGAUGAAUACCGAUAUUUGCGACGCAGUGAACGAGCAAACGAUCCGCAAGUGUUUCGCAGGAUGAUUGCAAGCGAAUAUCGUGCUUAUCGACCAGGCACAGCAACUGAAAAUCUGAAUCAUCACCGACAUCAGUAUCCUAACGAUGAGACGAAAAUGAAGCGAAUUGGCACACAGAGCACUGCCGACGAUAAGCAGUCCAAAAACCGAAGAACCUCAGACAAGUCAACCUCACAUAAGCGAUAUGUAUCCAGCGAGAUGCCGGAACGUUAUAGAUAUGGUUCACGGGACAAUAUGAUGCGCAGAUUGCGUCAUUUCUCGCAAGGACCCUUGCCACAUUCCAGUGGAGCCCAUGGUCGUUUCGAUACCAGCGGUCUUCACGGCAAUACCGAAGGUCGAGGCACGAAACGAAGAGCAGAUUACCAGUAUUCAAAAAGAGAAAGCCGUUUGGGGCAAUAAUAUUAUGGAUAAGAUAAAUGGUAAUAAAUCUUCCCAAAAGGAUCAAGAAAGUAAAUUGACAUGUGAUUGCGGUAAGGCAGUCGUUGAUAAUCGUUGCGAUUGCGAAGAUGAAAAAGCAAAUCCCGAUAUCAAAUCAAAUAUCAGUUAUCCAUAUGUUAUCGAACCGGUAUAUGACAGCAGCGAGAGGAUAGGGACUGAAAAAAGAGAAAUUGAACAAAAUGAACUACCUAUAAGUAACAAAACAGGGAGCAAUACAAAAUAAGUUAAUGCUACAGAUAAAUAUUGAUGUGAUCAAAUGCGCCUUAAAAAACAACAAACAACAGUAUAUUGUA